UUCAACGAUUGAAAAUUCUCAGAAUAAUCACUAUACAUUUAAAUGGGAUGAUGCAGAAUAUCUUAUAAGGCUAUUCAGGAGUUGGAUGUUGCUUGUAUCGAUAGACAGAGUAAAAGACUGGUUUUGUAGUCUGUAGAUUCACAGAAUAAAAUUGUAAUAUUUCGCUCACUAACUUAUGAAUGCAGCAUUGCAUUUAGUAUAUGAAUUGGUAUAGGAGUAGCUAGUACUUCUGGCAUUUUUCAAUUGCCAGAAUAGACGAAAAAAAUUCUUCACCAUGCUGCUGUGCCGAUCGGCAGUACUGGUGCUUUUGGUCGGCCUGCUGACAUAUUGCUCCUGCCUAGGAUCUGAGAAAAUCUUAAGUAAUACAGAAAAACAGAGGUAUGAUGGCUGGUACAACAAUUUGGCGCACCCUGACUGGGGAUCUGUCGGUAGUCAUCUCACAAGGAAAACUCCGCCUGCAUACGCGGACGGAGUGUAUGCACUCGCGGGACAAGGCAGGCCCAGUCCCAGGAGGCUCAGCAGGUUGUUCAUGAAAGGGCAAGAUGGCCUUGCGUCGAAAAUGAAUAGGACUGCACUUCUGGCGUUUUUUGGCCAGGUCGUGACUUCUGAAAUCGUGAUGGCAUCCGAGAGUGGAUGUCCUAUCGAGAUGCACCGGAUAGAAAUUGAUCGCUGCGACGAAAUGUAUGAUCCAGAAUGCCGAGGCGAUCGCUACAUACCUUUCCACCGGGCAGCCUACGAUCGGAGGACGGGAAUGAGUCCUAAUAUGCCUAGAGAACAGAUAAAUCAGAUGACAUCCUGGAUAGAUGGUAGCUUCAUAUAUAGCAGCAGUGAGCCCUGGUUGAAUGCCAUGCGUUCUUUUCACAAUGGCACAUUGCUUGGCGAAGAGACGUCUCAUGGCACCAUGCCGAUUCGAAAUACUAUGAGGGUGCCAUUAUUUAAUAACCCGGUUCCUCACGUCAUGAGAAUGCUGAGUCCUGAACGACUAUUUCUACUUGGAGAUCCACGUUCCAAUCAAAAUCCUGCUCUAUUAGCUUUUGGAAUAUUAUUUUUUCGUUGGCACAAUGUAAUUGCUGGUCGAGUACAACGUCAACAUCCAACGUGGCCGGAUGAAGAAGUCUUUCAGAGAGCCAGAAGAAUUGUUGUAGCAUCGUUACAGAAUAUCAUAGCAUACGAGUAUCUUCCGGCAUUCUUAGGCGAAGAGCUGCCCGAGUACACGGGUUACCGACCGGACGUCAUCCCUGGUGUGAGUCACGUAUUCCAGAGUGCGGCCUUCCGCUUCGGGCACACCAUGAUACCACCAGGAAUGUACCGAAGAGAUGGUAAAUGUAACUACAAACGCACGGCAGCUGGUCAUCAGGCCAUCAGACUUUGCGCCACGUGGUGGGAUUCGAAUGAUGUAUUGGAAGAAAGUCCUCUAGAAGAACUUCUUUUAGGAAUGGCUUCCCAGAUUGCCGAACGUGAAGAUUCUUUACUCUGUUCUGAUGUACGGGACAAUUUAUUUGGUCCCAUGGAAUUUACAAGACGAGAUCUAGGUGCUUUGAAUAUAAUGCGAGGUCGUGAUAACGGUUUACCAGAUUAUAACACAGCCAGAUCCUAUUUUCGAUUACCAAAAGUGAAUGACUGGACGGAAAUCAAUCCUGAGCUUUUUGCAGCGAGACCUGAGCUUUUAGGACUCCUGGUGGCAGCUUACAAUAACCGUCUUGACAACGUCGACGUUUACGUUGGCGGUAUGUUGGAAUCUGAUGGGAAACCAGGCGAACUUUUCACUGCCGUCAUUCGCGAACAAUUUGUAAGAAUACGAGAUGCAGACAGGUUCUGGUUCGAAAAUGAAAAUGGAAUUUUUACCAAAGAAGAAAUAGAAGACAUUAAGAAAAUUACAUUGUGGGAUAUCAUUGUUAAUAGUACAUCCAUUGAGCCACAUGAAAUUCAAAAGGAUGUAUUUAGAUUUGCGGAAGGAGAUCCUUGUCCACAGCCCGCCCAGCUGAACGCCAGUCUAUUAGAGCCCUGCAAAUACCUGCGCGGAUACGAUUACUUCGAGGGAAGCGAAUUGGCCUACAUCUACGUCUGUGUGCUCUUGGGCUUCGUUCCCAUCCUAUGCGCCGCGGCCGGCUACGGCGUCAUCAAGUUACAGAACAGGAGACGGAGGAGACUCAAGAUUCGACAAGAGGCGCUGAAAUCCAAAGCCGAAGGAAAAGGUGGUUCUGUGGAUAAAAUGAUAGUCAGAGAAUGGCUUCACGCAAAUCACAAAAGACUGGUAAAAGUCAGAUUUGGACCAGAAGCUGCUUUGCACACUGUGGAUCGAAAAGGAGAAAAAUUAAGAACAGUCAGCUUUAAAAAUGUUGAUUCGGUCACGAUUGAAGAAUCACAGGAUAACUACCACAACAAGAAGCCGCUUUUACUAAUGCGAAUCCCAAGGGACCACGAUUUAGUAUUAGAAUUGGACUCUCUAGGAUCUAGGAGAAAAUUUGUUUCAAAACUAGAAAGCUUUCUUCUCUCACAUAAGAAGCAUUUAAUAUGUAUUCAGCAAAUGCGCGACAUGAUACUUGCCAAAGCCGAAACCAGAGAAAGGCGUCAGAAGAAACUCGAGCACUUCUUCCGCGAGGCGUACGCUCUCACCUUCGGUCUUCGUCCUGGUGAGAGACGACGCAGGUCGGACGAUGCUGGUGGCAGCGGAGCAGAUGGAGAAGUCGUCACCGUGAUGAGGACUUCACUAUCUAAGGGAGAAUUCGCCAGCGCCUUGGGCAUGAAAUCGGAUGCCGUUUUUGUUAGAAAAAUGUUUAAUAUUGUUGAUAAAGAUGGAGAUGGCAGGAUUUCGUUCCAGGAGUUCUUAGACACAGUUGUUCUGUUCUCACGCGGCAAAACCGAGGAUAAACUCCGAAUAAUAUUCGACAUGUGCGAUAAUGACCGCAACGGAGUUAUCGACAAAGGAGAACUUUCCGAGAUGCUGCGAUCUCUGGUGGAAAUUGCUCGGACGACCAGUCUAUCAGAUGAUCAAGUUACUGAGCUCAUAGAUGGAAUGUUCCAGGAUGCUGGCUUAGAGCACAAAGAUUCCCUAACAUACGUCGACUUCAAGCAAAUGAUGAAAGAAUAUAAAGGUGAUUUCGUUGCAAUUGGAUUAGAUUGCAAAGGUGCCAAACAGAAUUUCCUGGACACUUCCACGAAUGUUGCUCGUAUGACCAGUUUCCAUAUUGAGCCAGCCAUGGAAAAGAGGAGGCCUUAUCUUCUACGACAGUGGGAUUGCCUUACCACUUUGUUGGAGGAGAACAGACAGAAUAUUUUCUAUUUGUUCAUAUUCUACGUGAUAACGAUAGCUCUAUUUGUCGAACGUUUUAUUCACUACUCCUUUAUGGCCGAGCACACCGAUUUACGGCACAUAAUGGGCGUCGGUAUCGCCAUAACCCGAGGCUCCGCGGCGUCUCUAUCAUUUUGCUACUCUCUGCUACUUCUCACGAUGUCCAGGAAUCUGAUAACGAAACUGAAACAAUUCGCGGUUCAGCAGUACAUUCCAUUGGAUUCACACGUGCAAUUCCAUAAAAUAGCUGCCUGCACAGCUCUGUUCUUCUCGCUUUUGCACACCGUUGGGCAUAUUGUUAAUUUCUACCACGUGUCCACUCAACCCGUCGAACAUUUAAAAUGUAUGACCAGAGAAGUGCACUUCACGUCGGAUUAUAAGCCAGACAUUUCGUUUUGGAUGUUUCAAACAAUCACCGGUGUAACCGGUGUUAUGCUCUUCAUAACAAUGUGCAUAAUAUUCGUGUUUGCUCAUCCAACAAUCAGGAAGAAGGCUUACAGUUACUUCUGGAGAGCUCACAGCCUCUACGUGUUGCUCUACGCUCUCUGCUUAGUCCACGGUUUAGCUAGACUGACCGGCGCGCCGAGGUUCUGGUUAUUCUUCAUCGGUCCAGGAAUUAUUUAUGCCCUGGAUAAAAUAGUAACGCUUCGUACCAAAUAUAUGGCUCUGGAUGUGAUUGAAACUGAGCUGUUGCCAUCGGACGUGAUCAGGAUAAAAUUCUAUCGUCCGCCAAAUUUGAAAUAUCUUUCCGGUCAAUGGGUUCGCGUUGCCUGCACCGCUUUUCGAAGUAACGAAUUCCAUUCGUUUACUUUGACGAGUGCUCCACAUGAAAAUUUCCUGUCUUGUCAUAUAAAAGCUCAAGGUCCUUGGACUUGGAAGCUAAGAAAUUACUUCGAUCCGUGCAACUUCAACCCUGAAGAUCAGCCUAAAUUAAGAAUAGAAGGUCCAUUCGGAGGUGGUAAUCAGGAUUGGUACAAAUUUGAAGUCGCAGUAAUGGUUGGAGGAGGUAUUGGAGUUACUCCAUAUGCUUCCAUUCUAAAUGAUCUGGUAUUUGGAACCUCUACUAAUCGCUACUCGGGAGUUGCUUGCAAAAAGGUGUAUUUCCUAUGGAUUUGCCCGUCGCAUAAGCAUUUCGAAUGGUUUAUCGAUGUGCUUAGGGACGUCGAGAAAAAAGACGUAACAAACGUGCUCGAAAUCCAUAUAUUUAUCACCCAAUUCUUUCACAAAUUCGAUUUGAGAACUACUAUGCUGUAUAUUUGUGAAAAUCAUUUCCAAAGACUAUCGAAGAUGUCGAUGUUUACGGGGUUGAAAGCUGUGAAUCAUUUUGGAAGACCAGAUAUGUCUUCGUUUUUGAAAUUUGUUCAAAAGAAACAUAGUUAUGUUAGCAAAAUAGGAGUAUUUAGUUGCGGUCCUCGACCUUUAACUAAGAGUGUUAUGUCUGCUUGCGAAGAAGUCAACAAGGGAAGAAAGCUGCCAUACUUCAUCCAUCAUUUCGAAAACUUUGGAUGA